AUGAAGCUUUUUCGCCCGGUGUUAUGGGCAUUGGUAACCGCACUGGUGGCCGAUACAUACAGUCUGUCACCGCCACAACAAACUUGUGUGAUACCUGCCUUGAAAGAUGACCGCGAUGAUGCUCCUGCAAUCCGCCAAGCGUUUAGCAAAUGUGGAAAUAAUGGAAAGGUUGCGUUUAAAAAAAACACCAAGUACAGUAUUCAAACCGUCCUUCAACUUCAUAACUUGAAGAAUGUCCAAGUUGACAUGUUCGGCACACUCGAAUAUUCAACGGAUGUGCGGUAUUGGAUUUUACAUGGAUCGUAUUAUUACUUCCAAAACAUCUCCAUCGCAAUGGAGUUCUCGGGUGAAGACAUCACAAUUGAUGGGUAUGGAUCCGGUACAAUUGACGGCCAAGGCCAGGUGUGGCAUGAUCUGGCUCUAGGUGUGGGUGGAUUAUAUGGUCGUCCAAUUCCAUUCUGUUUACGGAAUGUCAAAAACGCUGUGGCGAAGAAUUUUGAAAUCCUCCAAUCUGGUAAAUGGAAUUUUCUGAUGGUAGAAUUUCAAAACAUUCUCGUGGACAAUAUUACUCUAUCAUCUACUUCUGACGAUUUUCAGGCGAAUCCCGGUAAUCUUGGCAACACAGAUGGAUUUGAUACCAUCAACAGCAAUAACAUUACUAUCCAGAACAUCUGGGCAGAUGUUGGAGACGAUUGUGUCAGCUUUAAACCUGGCUCGACAAAUAUUCACGUCAAAAAUUUGACGUGCUACAAUAGCGCAGGCAUCGCAAUCGGCAGUCUUGGACAGUAUGAGGGAGUGCGCGACGUGGUUGAGAAUAUCACAGCAGAAGAUGUUUCCCUGUAUGGAAGUCGUAAUGGCGCUUACAUCAAAACUUAUGCGGGCAAAAGAUUUUAUUGGCCACCACAGGGUGGAGGCAAUGGGUACGUUCGUAAUGUCGUUUUCAAGAACUUUCACAUCGAAAAUAUCACCGCUUCGCCAGUUCUAAUCCAGCAGUGCACUCACUGGGCAGGAUAUAAUGUGCCAGCAUGUGCUGAUACACCCCCUACGGGCUUCUUUUCCAAUAUUUCAUGGUAUAAUUUCACUGGAUAUAUGAAUGAGAAGGUGGGAACAAAGGCGGUCAGUUGGACUUGUUCCCCACUUGCAACAUGUGAAGGCUUUUCGUUCAAAGAUAUCAACAUCAAGUCGGCAACUGGAGCAAAUGGUACCUAUUCUUGUACUAAUGUAGACGGCUAUGACGUAACUUGCGAGAAAACCAAAUAG